CGUUGGGUGGAGGGGCCGCCGCUGCCGCUGCCCGGGGAAGGGGAGGGGAGGGGACGCGGAGUUUGCUGCAGUGUGUCCGCCGUCCCGGGCAGCGCUUUGAGGUGUACGGCUCCCGACGGGACAACGGGCAGUCAUGCCGUGGCCUCGUCUCCCUGGGGAUAGCGCUGUUGCAGAUAUGCAUGAAGAAAAUAAAACUGCAGCAAAUGGAUGUGGCAAAAUCCGAAGUGGUGCUCAGAAUGGGGCUGCUUUACUUGCCCUGAUGGAGAAGACUGGAUACAGCAUGGUUCAACAAAAUGGGCAAAGAAAAUUUGGUGGUCCUCCACCAGGUUGGGAAGGUCCUCCACCACCUCGUGGAUGUGAAGUUUUUGUGGGUAAGAUUCCUCGUGAUAUGUAUGAAGAUGAAUUAGUUCCUGUUUUUGAGAGAGCUGGGAAGAUCUAUGAGCUCAGACUGAUGAUGGAAUUCAGUGGUGAGAAUCGAGGCUAUGCUUUUGUGAUGUACACCACUAAAGAGGAAGCCCAGCUAGCCAUCAAGAUUCUUAAUAAUUAUGAAAUUCGUCCAGGGAAGUUUAUUGGUGUCUGCGUAAGCUUGGACAACUGCAGGCUAUUUAUUGGAGCAAUUCCUAAAGAUAAGAAGAAAGAAGAAAUACUGAAUGAAAUGAAGAAAGUUACAGAAGGAGUGGUGGAUGUCAUUGUUUAUCCAAAUGCCACUGACAAAACUAAAAAUCGUGGCUUUGCUUUUGUAGAAUAUGAAUCUCACAGAGCAGCUGCCAUGGCUAGAAGACGACUAAUCCCAGGAACGUUCCAGCCCUGGGGUCAUACUAUUCAAGUAGACUGGGCAGAUCCUGAGAAAGUAGUUGAUGAAGAAACUAUGCAGAGAGUUAAAGUAUUGUAUGUAAGAAAUUUAAUGAUAUCUACUACAGAGGACAAAAUUAAAGCUGAAUUCAACAAGUUCAAGCCAGGAGUAGUUGAACGUGUAAAGAAGUUGAGAGACUAUGCUUUUGUUCAUUUUUUCCACCGAGAAGAUGCAGUUGCUGCUAUGUCUGUAAUGAAUGGAAAGUGCAUUGAUGGAGCCAGUAUUGAGGUAACACUGGCAAAGCCAGUUAACAAAGAAAGUUCUUGGAAGCAACAUUUUAAUGGUCAGAUAAGUCCCAGUUCUGAAAAUCUCUUAGGGUUUCCUAACAAAGAAGAUGGUACUCAAAAAUCCUUGGGGAAACCGGCAAGUCUUUCAGUUCGUCUUAAUGGCCAGCACAGUCCAGGCUCCCCUGAAGUUGAAAGAAGUACAUACCCUUUUUUUCCAGGAAUAAAGCUUACUCCAAUUAGCAUGUAUUCUUUGAAGCUGAAUCACUUCAGUUCUGCAGUAAUGCAUCUGGAUUACUUUUGUCAUAAAAAUAGCUGGGCACCGCCAGAGUACUGCUUGUAUUCAACAACAAGUCAGGAUGGGAAAAUACUCUUGGUGUACAGGGUGCUUAUUUCUAGUAUUGCAGAUGAUUCCCAGAGUUAUUUCAUGCCAGAAAAACUCUGUACAACGGUAGAAGAUGCAAAGGAAUUGGCAGCACAGUUCACACUUUUACAUCUAGGGCUCCUGUUUUCUUGCCAUGAAUUGAUCACACAUCCACAUCAGAUAUCAAAAAUCAGUAAAUCUGAUGCUGGAGAACAGAGUGGCUCAAGAACGGAUCCUGGAUUUUCAAAAGAUGCUUCAUGUCCUGACACCUGACUUGAGACCCAUCACAAAGCCUCCUCAGCACUUCAGAAAAUGUACUGCCUGAUAUAAAAUGUGCAACAGCCAAACAUCUUUAUUGCUAUAUGUUGGUUACAAUUAGAAAAUCUUUGGCAGUUGCUAUCACUUUAAUAUCUGUGUAGCUACAAAAUCUAAUCUUUUGGCAAGAAACUAAUAUGACUAAUUACAUUUUGUGAUCUGCAUUUCCCCCGAGGUCUCAGUAUUUUGUGCUUCCUUCCCAAAUUGUAACAUAAAGCAACUUCUACUAGUUAUGUAAUUUGUUAUUAAUUUAAAUAACAUGCAAGCUAUAUUUUGGUUUCUCCAGGGGACAAAGCAUCACCAUCUUCUUUGACAUAAUGGAAAAACCCCAAAUUUAAAAAAUUUAAAUUUUAAAUCAUGUGUUUAUAGAAAAUCAGCAUCAAUGCACAAGUUAGACUAGUUUUCACAAGUUUGGUGAAAAUGUUUCAGAUGUAAAGUUUUAAUUGUGUUUGUGUGGUAAGGUUUUGGUAGCUGAGGGGGGCAGGCUACAGGGGUAACUUCUGUGAGAAGCUGCCAGAAGCUUCCCCCAUGUCCAAUGAAGCCUGUGCCAGAUGGUUCCAUGACAGACCCACCUCUGGCCAAGGUGAAGCCCAUCAGUGAUGGUGGUAGCACCUCUGAGACAAGGUACUUAAUAAAGGGAAAAAACCACCAAAAUAUUGAUGAGGGAAACAUUGGGAUUGACCCCAAAUGCAUUUUUGUCUCUUUUUAUUUUGCCUUAGGAACCCAAAAUCGAUUCCACAAGCCAGAGCUCUGCCAAAAAAUUGCAGGUCUGUGCCUCACACCACAGUGCCCACUGUCACCCCUCGUCUUGGGCUGCACUCUCUCACUGUAUGUGCACAGCUAAAAUUACACAGAAGGGUUUGCUGGAAUCCAGAGGGGUCUGACAUCUCCUCUGAAAAACCUGCUGAUGAUUUUAAGAUAACAAAAAGCUUUGGCAGCUCAGCUGUUAUUAAUGGAAGAGGCUCCCUGAUGUGCAAGGAGGCAGUUGCUUCCUUGAGUGACUCAGCUGAGGCAAAUUCACCUCAACAGCAGCCCUGACCCCAAAAUUUUAGCGACCAGAGAAAUUGCUUGUGGGUUUUGCCUAACUGCUAGAACUGCCUAACUGAGCUAAAAUGCAAGUUACUAAAGUCAGAUGAGAGGAAGUCUUCAACAGAGGUUGCCUUUGGUGAAUAUCUCCAUCCACAACAUACAAAAUCUGAAAAGUUUUGGCUGUUGUCUAUCUUCUUAAUGUGUGGUGUCUAUUUGUUAAGGUCCAUUGUUGGGGGAGACCUAAGGACCACCUAGUGUUGAGCAUCCCUCUGUAAUGAAAGGUUUGAUUUCUUUCAAAGUACCACGGUCUUGAAAUGAACUACUGAUACAUGUGGGAGACCAUUAAGCCUUGUAACAUCAUGAAUAUUUAUAUUCAAAUAUCUGAAAGUGACUUAUUUGGAGUAUAUAUUAUAUGAAUUAAUGUUCCAUUUUCAAAGAUUUGCUGCUUUUGCCAUGUGUAUAGUUGUGUCUGUGAUCACAUAGUGCUUAUAGUCAUGAUCGCAUACUAUGGCAUGUUCAUUGCCAUAAAAUUACUGUAUCUUUAGCAUGGUAAGUGCACCGAACUCUUGUGUUUGUAGCACUUCGAAGAUUAUUUACAAUUUAUUCAUUCCAGAACUGGGAGAAGAAAAUACAGAGGAAGCAUACAUUUGUUUCCUGUAGCCUCCCAGAAUUUAAUAUAUUUGAAAAGCAGAGUAUCUUGCAGCCUGAGGGAAGGCUGGCUCCUCUCAGGUCUAGGUCCCUGUUGAUCGUUUUUGUAGAGCACUGGAUUGCCUUUUCAGGGGUACUGUAAGUUCUUUGGAUUCUGUUGCGGAAAAUCUAAAAGUGCUACUAUUUUUAAAAGGUACUAUACAAAUAAUAUAAAUACUAUAUAAAUAUGAAAAUGUAGUGUUAUCAUUCAUCAUCCUGCAACCAUUUAAUUCAUACUGCCACGUCAAAUGACUUUUGCACGUAUUACCUUCCUGCUAAGCUCCAUGAGAGGUCCUAUGAAAAUGCAUUUAAUUCUGACAAAUCAAACAAUCUGUUGCCAAGAAACACAGAGAGCUCUUUUAAUAAGCCUUUUUCUAUCUUUAUGCAAUUUAGACAAGAAUGGCUUAAAUAUUUGGUUGAAAUAGGUGAUUAAUAAACAGUUCUGUUGAAAA